UUUACCCUCAGAUAUAUAAAAUAUAACGUGGCGAUGUUGAAGCAACGCUUUAACCAAAUUGCAAAUCGAGCGUGAAGAGUUGAUUUGGUUGCUAUAGAAAUCUCUAAAAUUUCCGGUCAGAUACACAACGCGACGCGCCCUCUCUCUUCCUCAUAGGUGGACUUAUUUAUGUGGGAAUUUAGUUGAAAGAAUUGUAAGAAUCUUGACAUAUGAAAUUUUGGAAUUUAUAGGAGAGAUAUAAAAACCCAUCGGCAAGGGUUAAGGUUUCUUAUAUUGGAAAACUGAGUACGGGAGAAGAAAUUAGGAAUAAUGCCUGCACAGAAGAUUGAAACGGGUCACCAAGAUACCGUCCAUGAUAUAGCCAUGGAUUACUAUGGAAAGCGUCUAGCAACAGCUUCAUCCGAUGCCACCAUUAAGAUUGUUGGAGUUAGCAACAACGCUGGUUCGCAGCACCUUGCUACAUUGACUGGUCAUAAAGGAGCUGUUUGGGAGGUAUCCUGGGCACAUCCCAAGUUUGGCUCAAUCCUUGCGUCUUGUUCCUAUGAUGGCCAAGUCAUAAUCUGGAAGGAGGGUAAUCAAAAUGAAUGGCAACAGGCUCAUGUUUUUAACGACCACAAGUCGUCUGUAAACUCCAUUGCAUGGGCACCUCAUGAACUUGGCCUAUGCUUGGCGUGUGGAUCAUCUGAUGGCAACAUUUCAGUUUUUACUGCCAGGGCUGAUGGUGGUUGGGACACCACUAGGAUAGACCAAGCCCAUCCUGUUGGAGUAACCUCAGUUUCUUGGGCUCCGUCAAUGGCUCCUGGUGCUCUAGUUGGUUCUGGCUUGUUGGAUCCUGUGCAGAAGCUGGCUUCUGGUGGUUGUGAUAAUACCGUGAAGGUGUGGAAGCUGUAUAAUGGUACUUGGAAGAUGGAUUGCUUCCCUGCCCUCCAGAUGCACACAGAUUGGGUGAGAGAUGUGGCCUGGGCACCCAACUUGGGGCUGCCAAAGUCUACAAUUGCAAGUGCUUCACAGGAUGGUACAGUGGUCAUAUGGACUGUAGCUAAGGAAGGUGAGCAAUGGGAGGGCAAAGUUUUGAAGGAUUUUAAGACCCCAGUUUGGAGGGUGUCAUGGUCGCUCACUGGAAACUUGUUGGCUGUGGCUGAUGGGAAUAACAAUGUUACAUUGUGGAAAGAAGCUGUUGAUGGUGAGUGGCAGCAAGUUACCACUGUUGAGCCAUAGGUUUCAGGUUUUUUUCCCUUUUAUGUUUUUUUCUUCUGCCAGUUGAUGUCCUUUGGUAUGGUCAUGAACUUGCUGUCAGUCUUCUAUUAACAAUUUUUUAUUGAUUUUUUAUGAAUACUUUGUACCGGUGGUGUUUUACUUGGAUUGUUAAUACCGGAUGCUUGGAUCAAACAGUUGAGAAUAUCUUUUUCAGACAGUUACGAGUUGAUUAAUCCUAUGCAACUUUUGUUCUUUAUGUAA